AUGGCCAUUAUUGGCUCGCUGCAAUGGGUCAUCAAGUGGUACGGCAUGGGCAAGACAUCUGACCGCAGCAGCCGCCUCAACAUCCCCGGCCGGGUCGCCUGGAUGACCAUGGAGGCGCCCGGCUUCCUCACCCUGCUGUACAUCAUGAACACGCUCCCCGCGCAGCACGGCAUCCACGACCUGCCCUGGCAGAACCGCGUCCUCGGCGGUCUCUUCGUCAUCCAUUACAUCAACCGCGCCGUACUCUUCCCCAUCAUGCAGCCCUCCAUGGCGCCCAUCCACGCCGCCGUCUGGGCCAUGGCCCUCGGCUUCCAGCUCUGCAACGCCGUCUGCCUCGGCUCCUGGCUGUCCGCCUACGGCGCCGUCACCGAGGACGCGUGGGCCGCGCGCUCCCCGCUGCCGCAGUUCGCGGCCGGCAUCGCCCUGUUCUACGUCGGCCUCGCGGGCAACUGGUUCCACGACGAGGAGCUGCGCGAGAUCCGUCGCCGGGAGCGGCGCCGCCAGGACCGAAUCCGCGCGGGGUCCAAGGGCGCCGCGUCAGCCGUGGAGGUGGAAAAGCACUACGAGAUCCCCCAGGCGGGCCUCUUCAAGUACAUGCUCUACCCGCACUACUUCCUGGAAUGGGUCGAGUGGCUCGGGUUCUGGGUGGCGGCCGGGUGGAGUUGCGCGCCGGCGAGGGCGUUUUUGGUCAAUGAGGUGCUGUCGAUGCUGCCGCGCGCGGUCAACGGCAAGAAGUGGUACAUGGAAAAGUUUGGCCCGGAAAAGAUCAACAAGAAAUGGGCGGUCAUUCCCGGUGUGUGUUGA